AUGGGCAAAUGGCGUUAUGGUGUUGUCCUGGACGCAGGCUCGUCUGGGACUCGCGUACACGUUUACCGAUGGCUACGAAAUGCCGCCGCACGAAAGAAAGCCGACGUGGAGGAGUUGAAAUCAUUACCGGAGAUUAAAACGAAAGAGGAAUGGACCAAGAAGAUUCGCCCUGGUGUUUCCUCGUUCGCCGACAAGCCCGAAUCCGUCGGAUCUGAUCACCUCGCCGAACUUUUGGACCAUGCAAAGGGUAUCAUCCCCGCGGAGGAUGCCAAGGACACCCCGAUCUUUCUCCUCGCCACGGCCGGUAUGCGACUGGUUGGAAAUGUGGAGCGACAGCUGUUACUGGACAAUAUCUGCUCGUAUGCUCGCGACAACACGGAUUUCCUGCUCCCGGACUGUGGUGUUCACAUCCAGGUGAUCCCGGGUGUGACCGAGGGACUUUACGGAUGGAUUGCGACAAACUAUCUCAUGGGUGCUUUUGACACGCCAGACAAGCACGACCACGGGAAGGGACACCACACCUACGGAUUUCUUGAUAUGGGUGGUGCCUCGGCGCAAAUUGCGUUUGCGCCAAACGCGACCGAGACCGAGAAGCACGGGAACGAUCUCAAAUUGUUGCGACUGCGCAAUGUCGACGGGUCGGUUCAAGAGCACAGGGUGUUUGUCACUUCCUGGCUCGAGUUCGGUGUGCAUGAAGCUCGGAGACGCUAUCUGGAGGCUUUGCAAACCACCGCAGGGCCGGAAAUUCUGGAGUUGCCCGAUCCUUGUCUUCCAGGUGGACUGCGGACUACCCUGGAGGGCAAGGAUGUGGCAUUACAGAACGAGGCGAACCCUUAUUUACUUGGCACAGGAAAGUUCGACGAGUGUCUGCGCCAAACGUUCCCCUUACUAGACAAGGAUGCCCCAUGCACAGAUGAGCCAUGUUUGUUACACGGGAUGCAUGUUCCAGCUAUCGACUUUGACGUAAACCACUUUAUCGGAAUCAGCGAAUACUGGCACACUACCCAUGAGAUCUUUGAAAUGGGAUUCAAGGACAAAGCCUACGACUUCAACACUUACCAGGAACGGGUUCAAAUGUUCUGCUCCCAGGAUUGGGGCUCGAUUGAGCAUGGAAUUGAAGCGCAGAAAUGGGGAAAGAAGGUUGAUCAGCAAAAGGCAGCAGAGGUUUGCUUCAAGGCAUCAUGGAUCAUCAACAUGCUCCAUGACGGCAUUGGAGUUCCCAGAGUCGGGCUGGAAGAAACACCGAGCACAUCGCACAAUGGGACUAACGAGGUCUUAGCUCACGGGAAAGAAAAGGGUUACCUUGAUGCCUUCCAGGCUGUCAACAAGAUCGACUCGACCGAAGUGAGCUGGACUCUGGGCAAGAUCGUCCUGUAUGCAUCUUCCCAAGUCCCCGUGGAAAUUGAAGAAGCUCUUCCAGUCGGCUUCGGUAGCAAUGUACCUGGCAUUCCGAACGAUUUCCAGUACCCCAGCGUCCAGCUUCUGCCAGACUCAGACAGCGUCUACAGCGAACACUGGCACGACGCGCUUUUCGACGGUGAUUCACCGCGCCGAGUCCCCGGAUUCAUCCUGUUCAUGCUGAUCAUUGUGAUGGUUGGAUUCUUCCUGUGCGGACGCAGCCGUCGUUCACGCAUCUUCAAUCGUGUCAGUAACGUGUUGCGCCGCGGUGGGCCAUCUCACCCCAAUCACCCAAAGAAGCGCAAGGGCAUCAAGGCGAUGCUUCCAUUCCUUGGUCGCAGUGCCCCCUCUUACGAGCGAGUCCUCGAGGACGGAGCCCAAGAUUUCGAACUUGGCGUGACGGACUCUGAUGGAAGCGAAGACGGUGGACGUCUCUCCGAAGCAGACUCUGCCCGACUGGGACCGCCGAAGCGUGCCUCCAGCUGGGGAAGCAACAGCAACACCCCAAGCUUCAAGUACGCGUUAGACAACAGUUCGACAGGGACGAUAGGUCUUGGGAUCAGCGGUGGAGGCUCGGGCAUCGCAAUGGAUCGUGCCGGCCUGGUAGUUCGGACCGAAAGCAGGGACCAUCUGGCCCCGGUAGCUCUAGGACCCACCACCAACGGUCGACGAUCUCGAGCGGGCAGUCCAACAAGAUCCCUCCACCAAAAAUCACCAAGCAUGACGCCCCUUGCCGAUGACUAA